ACUUGAAUUUAUUUAAUUUAAUAUGUAACGUUUGUGUAAAUAAAUGUAAUGUGAAUUUCCUGAAAACAAUCUAAUAAGCCCAGGUAAACACAUAACUUCUUUUUAAUACUAAUUUUGUGGUGUUAGGUGUAAGAAUCCAGCCAUAAAACACUGGUUGUAGUAAAAACUCCAACUCCCAGGAUGCAGUUGGACAGGCGCAGAUCCAACCUGCUGGGUCGGUGCCCUCGAGCUCUUCAUCACCGCUUCCUCACGUCACUGUCUCUCGGAUCCGUUAGAGGAGAAAUGGCUGCAGCUCUGUCCCGUGCCCUCAAAUUACCCGGGAAGAAGGGCUCGGAGCUUGGGGAGUACGACCCCCUCACCCAGGCAGACAGCGAGGAUGAGAGCGAAGAGGAUGACCUCGUGCUCAACUACCCCCGAAAUGGCCUUGGCAGGGACAGCUGCCUCGGCACGGGCUCCUCCAAGCUGCGGGGCGGCAGAUCUGGAAGACUCGUGGGGGCCGAAGACGAGGCGCAGGAGGACGAGGAGGACGAAUGGAGAGAACGACUCCCCAGCAAAUCCAGGCAGGACAGAGACGAUAUGAAAGGCAUGCAGUACUGGAGCCACAGGGACACUGGCAGGGACAGGGGCGGUGAGGACAGAGGGGGGCCCGGGCCGCUGGGGGGUGCAGGGCUGGGGGUUCAUAGUGCUGAUGCGGAAGAGAAGAGGAUAAGGAUGAGGAAUGCUGUCCGAAGUGCGUUUUUCCUGGUGCCUCUGGUGUGUGCGGCCUUGCUCGUGCUGCUGUGUGCAUUUCUGAUCCCGUGCCAGAAGGGAGAUCUGGAAAAGAGGCUGCAGUGGGAGAGAGCACUGGGAGAUGCAGGAGGUGUCACUCCACCUGCGCUGGCGUUGUGGGAUGUCGAUGGUGACUCAGUGGAGGAUGUGUUUCUGGGUGUUACUGAACUGACCAAUGACACCCAUCUGCCAGAGAACAAAAUUUUCAGUGUUGUGGCCCUGUCUGCAGUCAGCGGUCAGGAGCUAUGGAGGAAAACCACGCGGGACUCUGUGACGUACAUCCAGUGUGGUCUACAGUAUAACACCCAGCCGUCUCCUGUGGUCCUCCUCAUCGGCAAAUCCACCGUCACGGCAGUCAACGGCACCACAGGGAAGAAUUUGUGGUUGGUCCAGCUCAAGGACAUUGAAUCCCAGGCGGUGUUACUCCCAGACCUCCAGGGUGACUCAGUCCCAGAUCUGCUGAUAGCCACCCUGCCUGCAGACGAGGCUCUGGAUCUCUCUGUGACACUGAUCUCUGGGCAGACGGGGGCACAGCUGGGACAUCCUGUGCCGUUCAGCCUCACUGGGCAAGGAAAGCUGAUAGGUCCUUUACUGCAUGAGACACAACAAGGGGCAUACUACAUCCUCUUUGGACUAGGUAAUGUAGAGGCCAUCUCUCUGCAUGAUAUCUACAUUCGCGCCACUGGCAAAAGGCCCCUAACUCAGGCACUGAAAAGGAAGGAUACAGGGUGGGAGGGGCUCAAGACAACAAAUUCCUCCUUCAUACACAUUUACAGGGGAUCAGAGCGCGUGGGGUUCCUGCUCCCUCUUGUGGCUGGUUUUGGCAACAACCACAACAGCCUGGACACUGUUUCUAACCUCAACUUCACCAAGAGCGACUGGGUGCUGGUGUAUGGCUCCAGCAAACUGUCAGUGCUCAGACAGAGGGACAUGCGUAAAGAAUGGACCCACAACUCCGCUCCCAUUCACAGCCAACCAGCCCCAGGACACUUCAACGAUGACGGAAUCCUUGAUCUUUUCAUUCAGCAUUCAGCAAACGGCAUCAUGAAGGCUGAGAUUGUCAAUGGGUCGAAUGGGCACACACUCUGGUCCGAAGAGUUUGUGUGUCCUCACCUUGUUUUGGAACCUUCAGCAAUCUCCACCUCAACCGGCCAAUCAGCUUUCCUCUUCUGGGCCAGCGAUCCAAUCAGAAUGGUGAAGAAUGUUACCAAGGCAACUGUGGCACCAGGUGUCGCUGCAGUGGAGCCACUCAUUAGAAAACUUUUCCUGUUGCAUCCUGCACAUCCCAAAAUCCUGCUGGAGCUCACCAGUACCACGGACACCGCAGUCACCUCGGCAGUGAGUUACCAGGAGCGCCAGAAAGAUGCCACCUACAUCACCGUAUCCUCCCGACCCACACCUGACUCACAGCCCGGCGCCCGGAUAGUCAAGAGCAUGAGCCUCAGAGCCGCCAUCGCCAAAGGACAAAUUGUCAGACUAGAGGAAGGCAACAAGAACGGGGGACCUGUAAAACCCAGCGUGUUUGACCUCAACAAGUUCUUCAGGCGUUUGUCUUUCAAACACCAGUGAUGAGCCACCACUGCUACCAACCCUGCGUCACAAGGAACAACUGAAUAGGACUCGUGUGAGGAGGAAAGGGACAAAAGUUUGUGGACAGUUCUGCACUAAGGAGACACUGAGAUUUCAUUUGGAGCUGUUUCAUUUGGUUCACUAAGUAUGAAUUUAUUUUCUGUUUCCUGAGAUUUCUUUUCUGUAAAAAGAUCAUUUUCCAGUAGGUUUUAUUUGUAAUAUUUUGGUUUACAUUAUGUUUGUACAAUGAAAAAUGCCUAUUUAUAUUAUUUAACUGCGUUUUUUGGGGAAGUCUUUAAGAUUUUAUUGAAUGUUUACGAUUGUUUUUACUGCGGUUUUUUUACUGACAGUGAAGCACAAUGAUCCCGACGAAAGAACAUGUAAAUGCGUUUACAGUAAGCAGCACUCAUUUAACUCUUCCAAGGCCAGUAUAUUCACGUGAUGUCAUCCCACAGUCACAUGCAUUUUGUUGUCAUAAAACCACUAAUAGUGUUCUUUCUGCUCAUCACCACCUUAGUAUAAGUAUUGAGUCUGUAAAUAUUUAAUGCUGUACAGUAUUUAUUGAAUUGCUUUUAACAUUUUGUUGGUUUAUGUUGUCAGAUUUUUUAUGGUCAUAUUAUAACCAACCAUGUUUUUCUUGGAAUAUGUGGCUGCUAAAGGUUAUGGCAUUUAAAUGUACGCUGCAACUUCACAUAUCGCAAGAGACAGUAUGAAAAUCAAGUCUUACUGUGUCAUGUCCUUUA